UUAAUCCAACACUUGAUGACAAAUCCGUACAAAAAAAAAAAGAAGAAUGGGCCUUCAUUAUAUAACCAGAGACCGGUAGAACAAAGAAGUCCAUUGGAUGACGUAUGUGACAGGUGCCCGACAGUUCCCUACCGAUAUAAGGCCAAGUCCCCGCUCACAAGGAAAUUAACAAAGAUGAGGACCGUGUGCGCUCUCCUGGUGGGACUUUUGUGUACUGAGCUUGCAAUCGCUCAAACCCCGCACGUGUGUCCGCAUGAGGAGAUGUGUUCAGUGGAUUCACAGUGCGGCCAAGGUCGUUCGUGCGUGGACUACGGGGACCACAAAUGUUGUUCAGAUGCAGCCAACGAAACAGCUACCGCCCACGUGUGUGAUCCGGCUGACGUGUGUACCUCAGACAGCGAAUGUGCCACCGGGAGCACGUGUGUAAACUAUGGCGACCAUAACUGCUGUACUGUGACGUCAGCAAGUUCAACCAAGGUUCAUACCUGCCCGCACAGUAUGUGUAAAUCCAACGCGGACUGUGGGGGUCACGGAAGUAAAUGCAAGAACUAUGGGGAUCACGGUUGUUGCGUAGGGGGACAUGGUGCUCAUUAAAAAAAGUCAAAAUGUUAAAAUGCUGUCAAACGUUUUUUUAAAAAGCGUUAUUAUUUGUGGAUAAAAUACACAAUUCUAAAAUAUG